AGCGGUCAGGCGCUUCCGGGUCUGAGGGAAGCGGCGUUCCGGCGAAAGCUUCCUGGUCGCCCUAUUGUUGGUGUUGUUGCCUGUUGUGUCGCCGCCAUGAACCGCUUGUUUGGCAAGUCGAAGCCCAAGGCGCCGCCCCCGAACCUGACGGACUGCAUUGGCACGGUGGACAGCAGAGCAGAGUCCAUUGACAAGAAAAUUUCUAGACUUGAUGCAGAACUGGUGAAGUAUAAAGAUCAAAUGAAGAAAAUGAGGGAGGGACCUGCAAAGAACAUGGUAAAGCAGAAAGCCCUGAGAGUGUUAAAACAGAAGAGGAUGUAUGAAAACCAGCGUGAUAACCUUGCCCAACAGUCUUUCAAUAUGGAACAAGCCAAUUAUACCAUCCAGUCUCUGAAAGAUACCAAAACGACGGUGGACGCCAUGAAAGUGGGAGUAAAGGAAAUGAAAAAGGCUUACAAGCAAGUGAAAAUUGAUCAUAUUGAGGACCUCCAAGACCAGUUAGAAGAUAUGAUGGAAGAUGCUAGCGAAAUUCAGGAAGCACUAGGUCGCAGUUAUGGAACUCCAGAAAUUGAUGAAGAUGACUUAGAGGCUGAACUGGAGGCACUGGGUGAUGAACUUCUAGCUGAUGAAGAUAGCUCCUAUUUGGAUGAAGCAGCAUCCGUUCCAGCUAUUCCAGAAGGCAUGCCAACUGAAGCAAAAAACAAAGAUGGUGUACUGGUGGAUGAAUUUGGACUCCCACAGAUCCCAGCAACAUAACUGCCCCCAUUCAUUGGGAAUGCUGUCUUUUAUUUGACAUAUGUCUAAGCAAAAACAUUUUGAGGUUGUGGGAACUCUCGUUUUCAGUGCGAUGGUUUGGAACAUGGAGUGAACAAUGAAUGAUAAUUCUCCUUCUUUGAAGAUAUUUUAUUACUAGCUUUUGUAUUAAAAACAAGAAAUUGACACUACUCUUCUAAAAUAUUGCUGUUGUAGACAUAUUGUAUGAAAAAAAUAUGUGGGAUUAUUUAUAGUUUUCUUUGGUUUCAUGUUUCCCUGGACAACAGAGGGCCAUAGUGGUGGUGUAUCUUAAAAUAACAUUGUUAUGCCUGCUAUGAUCAUGAACAUUUUCUAAGAAUAUUUACAUUUUGACUCCAUUGCUAGUAUAACUUGCCAUCCUUAAGUGUAAGUGUAUAACAAAUAUAUGCAAAGGAGAUUACUAUCUAGAAUUUUUGACAUAAAUUGUACGCUAUAUAUAAUGUAGCUUGAUAUGCUUUUUUCUUGAACCUCCAUUUCAGUUAUUGUUAAAAACCAAGCUAUUCAUUUUAAUAAUACUGGUCUCUAGGUAGUAGAUGUAAUGAUAAGCAAUAAUACAUUCUGUUUCUACUUGACAACACUUCAUAUGUAAUUGUUUUGGAAUCACCAGAUUUCCCCAAACUGAUGCGGCUUUGUUCCUUUAUGUUUGUUGUUUGGAAGAUGUGUAGUCCAGGUCAGUACCUGACUUUAUGAGGAACCUACAUUGAAAAGGGAGCCUCGUGGUAGGGAAGCCACUGUUCCUGUUAGGCUUUCUCCAAGUCUAUUUUCAAAGCCAAUAAUCCUAUACAUAUUUUGUUAAUAGUAAUGAACCAAAAUAUAUAGGGUUCGUUAUUAUUCAGCUGUUUGGAUUGACCAAAUAGUUCAACUAUACGACCUUACUGGCCAUACUAAAUAUGACACUUGUGUUCUUUUCCAUAAAGACUUAUUUCUAAACUCAUUUUGAAAUGUUACACUGAAAUUAGUAAGACUGAGGUUUCAAAAAAAUCCUAGAACAAGCAAGUGACAUUUCUUUAUUCUCGGUUUAUGGUAUUUUAACGGAAUUGCAUUUGUUUAAUUAAGUAGUCAGAGCAAUUGUCUUAUCAUUUUAGUUGAUUUCUGCUAACUUUUCCUCUCCCCCCACCCCAACUCCCUUUAAUUUUGUCUAUGAAGAAUAUCCAGAGCUCCAAGACAACUAUCUGCCUUGGAGGGGUAGCCAUCAGCAAGACUUAUCUAUCAUUGUGGACAGGACCUGCUUGUUUUAUUCUUACCAUCACAAAAAUAGGCAAAUAGCUUAGCCAAGUGGAAGAGAAAUUAUCUCCUUUUUUGCAAAUGCAAGUCAAUCACUGGGUCUAAAUUUUAUUAGGAAUCAGAAGGCCAAAGGGAUUAUCAGAAAAAUUUCAGAUUUUGCUGGAUUGCAACUCCAUUUCUAACCACUCGCUAUGCUGCUAAGGGCUGCUAGGAGUUGCAGUUAAUUACUGAACUGCAAUAGAGAAUCACAUGAUUCCCAUACCUGAUUUAAUUAAUUCAAAUGGCUUUAGAAUCUGCCUGUACUGGACAUAUUCCAGAUUUCUGCCAUAGAUUUGGAGAGAGUUAUUCAACAGUGCUGGUUUGAUGUUUUACUAGUAGCAUACUUUUGUGGCCUCAGGUAACCUAUAACUUGCACAAAUGUUAGUUAUAGGCCUGAAGAGGGUAUGAAAUUGGUGUGGGAUUCAUAGCUAAUGUAACGGGAAUGAAUAGGAUUGGGACCAGAUUUAAACUGGCAUAUUAUUAUUGAAAGACAGGCUUGUGACAGCUAUAUUCCACAAAAUACUGUACAUUGAUGAAAUUUUUAUGCUAGUUGAAAUGGAGAUGUGUCAGUUAACAUGAUUAUCUUUUUCAGGAAGAAAUAAAUAGAAGAUUUAGUACUUUA